AGUUCGGCUAACACUAAUUGUUUCAGUUUCGCCUAGAUAGUUAAGCGUUGAACGUUCUGAAAAAGCACAGGCAAAAGCAACACGCAAUGGCAACUGUUAUAGUGGAAGAGGUGGUGGAAGAAAUUGUCGAAGAAGUUGUCGAAAAUACCGUUGAAGAUGUGGUCGAAACUACAGUAGAAGAUACCGUUGAAGAAGCAGUCGAAGAUUCUGUUGAAGAGACAGUAGAAUCUACAGUUGAAACUUCUGUUGAAAAUGCAGUCGAAAAUGCGGUUGAUGACGCAUUGGAUGAUAUAGUAGAAGGCAGUGUAGAAGAAGCAGUAAGUUCCUCGAUAGGGAAAACGAUCGUCAAAAUCAUCGUCGGUCUCAUCGCGGCUGUUGUCGUAAUUUCUCCCAUCAUUGAUCUAAUAAAAGCUGCCACUGGUGUCGGUAAGAAAAAAUGCCCUCUUGACGAAAAGACGAAGAGCAAGAUGACCCGUUCAGAAGGUGUUCUGGACGCUCUUAACGCACUUGUUAAAGCCUGGUUAGAAAAACUGAAAACAUAUAAUAAGGAAGACUCUCUCGGAAAGAUUACCUAUAAAGGCAAGACUGCAGAUGCUGCUGGCGUGGUGUUCAGUCUGUUCAACGACAUGAAAGAGGAGCUCAAGAAAGCUUCCCGAAUUGCUGACGAGUGCAAAGAAAACUGCGAAUGGGAAGCAAACAUUGACCAAUUCGAACUUGAUGUAAUCCAGGCAGCCUACAAUGUGAAUGCCAUUUUUAUUGCCAAAGAUUUGGGUUCUGUGAUGAAGCAGAAAAAUUUCCCUCCAGAAGCGGAUCGUCAAAAGAUGACAGAUGCGUUUAAUAAGUACUACAAUGAGGACUGGAAGAUGAUGAUCAAAUUGAAUGCAAAGAAGAACUUAACAAAAGCUGUUCAGGACGGGGCUAAAAAAGCGGCAACAACAGCAGUUACAUCACUCAUCAAAAAACCUCUUUCUGACGGAAUCAAGUCAGGAAUCGAAAACGAAGUCGUUCCUGGAGUAAAGAGUGGGGCCAAAAAUGCCGCUCAGGCAGAGACAAAAGUGGUCUUUAACGAAUGGAAUAAGCGGAUCAAUUUACACGCUGCCAUACCAGGUUAUGGAAUUGCUACGCUUAAGAAUUGGAUGAUGGAAAACAUCAAGCCCGAAGCUGUGAAAAAAUCCACGGAGAAAGCUAAGGCUGCUGCAAAUGCUAUCAUGCAGCUUCCUCCUGCACAGAUCAAGAUUAUGAACAUUACGUCAACCACCAAGGACCAAGUGUUGCGCCAGUACAAGAACCAGAUCAAGAAAACUGCUGACAAGGCGGCUGAUGACUACAUUCAGAAAGCGCUUGCUGAACACAAGAGUAAAUAGGACAACACCCUGAACAG